GGACGGGCAGAUGCACCAUGAUGAUCCCCGUGCUAGACAAGGACAACAUCUUCGACUUGACCGCCGUCCCGCACCCCGUAGAAGACGGCCCCAGCAGCCCCACCCAGCAGCAGCGCCGCACCCAGCAGCAGCGCCGGGAGUCCUUCUCAGCCAUCGGCGUGUCCAAGAUAUGGCACUCGGGGUAUACACUCAACUUCGCCAUUCCUGCAGAGGUGCCAGGGGAUGAAGACGACGAGCCAUCCAUCCACACUGACAGACACGAGGACUCCGAGGCUGAGGACGCACAGCCACAAGCUGCAGCAGCCGAUGAAGAAAGUGACUCCGAGGUGCGAGAUGGCGGCGUCCAGUUCGAGAAGAGCGUCUCCCACGCCCCUCUCCCCGUGUCGAAGGUCUUCCAUGACAUCCCUGGCAGUGCCAGCCACCCACACAGAAAGAACUUGAAGAGGUUUAAGUGGCUGAGGACGGGCACAUUUCGCCAGCCCUCGUUUAUCAAGUCGUGGAUGAUGCGGACAACCAGUCAGAGGCUGGGUGAGGAGCGAGCGUGUGUGGGGUGCUGGAUGCUCCUGAGGGUCAUGGCUCUGCUUCUGUUGCCGCUCGGGAUUGGAAUUCUUUGGAUAUCGCUGCCCUUGAAGAGGCCCAGGGAACCGUGGGCUGAGCAGAUGGCGUAUUUCUGGGGUAAGCCAGAAGCGAGACAGAGACAGAGACAGGGACGCAUUCAUUUUUCCCAUCCCCCGCUUCAGGUUACCUGCCAAUGUUUCGCCUCAUGAUCGGUGUCCUGCCCUCGACGUGGAUCCCCGCACUCCUCCAGGAGCGAGUCACCAUCUGGACUCUCCUGGCAGGCAUUCUGCCAGGCCUCUUCGGGCCUCUCCUCACCCUCCUCGUAUCCGUCGCACGCAGCGAAACAGGCAUCCCUGCGCACACGUUUUUAGUCGGUAUCCCGGUGUUUGGCUUACAAUGCUUUGCGAUGAUCUUCGCCUUCCCCCGCUGGCGGGAGAGGUACUGGCUGGACCGCCGUGGCCGCAUGCGGUGGCUGAAGAUGACCAUAGUCUGCAUGUUCGCUCCCAUGCUCUGGUUGGCCGCCGUCCUAUACACAGUAAGGGAGAGACACAUAAGCGAGAGAGACACAAGCGAAAGGGGCCGCAUUACAUCUGCCCUGUGCUUCUGCGAUGUGAUUAUGACAGUACGUCAUUGUGAAGGUGGCCAAGGCCAAAAUCGUCUGGUAAUGAUCCGAAAAAGAUGAUCGAGGGAAAGGGCGUGACGAUCCUUCAGUGAGAACGCUUGUUUUUCCGUUCUUUUACAGGCUGCAUGCGCUUCUUGUCUUCGCUUUUCCAUUUUUCGGUGACCUAAGAGGCGUCUCUAUGAGACAUUCCCUACGAGACACACUGGCUCGACGUCUAUGGCUGACUGUGUGCAGGUCGCGAGAGCGUGCUGAUUGCGAGACGGAUCCUGCGGAUAACCAGGCGCAAAAUGGAGGUCGCGGGAAGCAUGUAAGCCGAACAGGAGCAGACACACAAAGGUGCUGGCAGCAGCUCACUUCCGUGUGCGCAUGCACAGGCUGCCAGAAAUGGUGACGCACCAGGCACACGGGCGUCGACACACAGAUGCCACACCCGUGUGCCUCAUUCCUUCUGUGUGUUCGUCAGGUGACGACCAUGUAUCUCUCUCUUUUGUUUCCCGGGAUCCCGCCGUGGAUCUUCAUGGUGACACUCGUCGAGCGGUGCAUUCUUUUAGCGUGGCCCGGGCUGUCCGUCAUCGUAGAGCACAAGAAAGCCGUCUCGAGAAAGUUCCAGCAGGGCUAUUUCCCCAUUGAGGUGGCCAUCGAGCCCGACAGAGCUUCCGCCUUGGGGUAUGUGUUGGCGUGCCUGAGGUGCUUCAAGCAACCCGAGACAUCGCCCCGGAGUAGCAAAGGGCUCAGCCUGAGCGUUUCCCAGGGCCAGCCUGCUGCUCAAAAUGACAGCGACACCACCGCCACCAAUAACAAAGUCCUCUUCGACUUGCGCGACGAUGCUGCGGACGACCAAGCGGCCAACGACGAGCUGUCAUCAAAGCAGCCGAAGGAGCAGCGGGUGUCGAAAGACAGCAGCCAGAGUGACGAAGUGGUGGUGACGAGCACGCCACCAGCAGAGCAACCGGCACCGGCAGUUCCCCCAACGCCAGGGAGCCAGAGGCGGGGAUCGGUGGCAUCUCUGUUGCGGACUGGCAGUGGGAGGGAGGUGAGCGUGUACGACGUUGAUGAGAAGGUGUCGGAGUUCGUGAUGUGCACAUCCGGCGUGUUCCUUAUCAAGGCUUUUACUGAGGUGGGCACACACCACAGGAGAGACGCAUAAUGAACAACUCAAAGCUGUCGACGUCGGGAGCAUUCAGUGCAAGCUGUGCCUCAGAUUUGUGGCCCGUUUGAGGUCUGGUUGUACAUCUGGUACCUGAGAGAAUGCUCACCGAGGUGAGAAGCAGCCUCACUCACCAUCUGCACACGCGAUGCUUGGUCACGCAUUCAUUGUCUCCUUCCUUUCAUCAGUGGGUACCUGUACCCGUCUUUUGAGCUGAUGACGUCGUCCGCCUUUGAUCGGUUCACCGUCUUCACCGGCGUGGUGAUCAUAGCCAUGGUCAUCGUCUCGCUGAUCAUCGCUCUCAUCACCAGCCCCUACCUGCCUGUCACCAGUGAGCACAAUGCGAGACACUCUCUCACUUACACACAGGCAUUGGGCAAUGGCUGAUGUGUCUGCUCAGAGCGGCGGAUCAUGUCUCGCCUGAUCAUGGAGGAAAGUCUCUACUACGCCAUGCUGGGAGCACUCGUCAUAUCGCCCGUCUACCCAGUCAUGCUACUGUCAGCCCACCACGCACAUGCAAUCAGGGAACACACAUAGAGAGACACGAAGAGGGUUGGCACGUGCCACAUGUCUCACUGUCUGUCUCCUGCGUGUGUGUCUGUUUGGCGUGCCUUCAGCACUCCGCACAAUCUGUUCCCGCUCGAUCUGAAGGUCACGCUAACGAGUGGCUGACACAGAUGCCCCAUGCAGGGAUCCAUCGAUAUAUAUGGGCGAAUUGGGUGCGGUGCAUUCAAUGCAGGUGACACCGACUGACGAAAUCAGCAAUCGACUAUUGCCAACAUUCAACUGACUGACUGACUGCUUUAAGAGUCAUAUAGAGCUAGCUGCGUGCUUCUGUCAUUUUCGUCUGUCUGGCGCCUGAAUUCUUGCUUACGUGGCGGUGUGUUUGUGCGGUUUUGUUGGCAUGCGAAUGUACUGGAAUGAUAAGGCGGUCGUUAAAUGACCUUCCUCUCCUCUGUCUUGGCAUCUAUAAGUUGUCCGACGUC